GAGUCAGUGGGAGGCGAGGCGUGUCAGCUCUUGCCUGCUCGGCGGCUCUUUGGCAGGGCGGGAACCUGGAGCAAUGGCGGCGCUGGUCGUCUCCGGCCUCCGCGGCCUCUGGAGGGGCUCCGGCUCCGGCCUGAGACAUCGGCAGCAGCUCAGGCAGCCCAGCCGAGGGCACAAGCUGACCCCAAUGGACGAUGAAAUGUACCAGAAGACAACCAUUACCUUGUUGGAGCGCGACAGCCCUGAGACCAUGUUCAUCGAGAAUUACAGCAGUAACGGCUUCCUCAUCAACGGCGACAGAGUCAUCGGUCCCUGUGCCGUGAUCCCACGAGCCGUCCUGCAGUGGAACGUGAGUCCAGAGUUCAACUACCAGCACCCAGACAUGAAUUCAGGUCAGGUAGGAAGUUACAAGGACAUCACUGAGGACAGCCUGGCUUUGUUCCACUUGUUGGAGCCGAAGAUAGAGAUUCUGGUUUUGGGACUCGGCCACAAGGUGGAGAGAGUGGAUCCGCAGGUUCUGAGGUUUAUAAGGAGGAAGGGAAUCGCGGUGGAGAUACAGGACACGGCAAACGCUUGCGCCACAUUCAACUUUCUCACAAGUGAUCGGCGAAUGGCGGCAGCUGCUCUUAUCCCACCGAGCUACCUACCCAAAAAAUUGGUGUAAGGACUUGUGCAGUUGUUAGCUUGUAAAUAGCAAUCAUUAAAGUACAUUGCGUGAUUA